AUGGAACAAAACGAAUCUCCUUCGUACUACACUAGCCCUCCACCGAGCUUCCGAGGUAUGGUAUUGAUCGGCAAGCAUCUACUGGACCGCUUCGCCGCCGCAGCAACCGAGCUGGAGCUUCGAAUGACGGUGGAAAUGGAUGCUCUUCAAGUUGUCCACCAUGAUCGUAACAUCGAUGCUAUUCAGGCUAACUUAGACAGCAGAAAUGCCACCGCCGAGCGUAACGAAAGGGACAUCUGCGACAUGCUCGGGAGUCUUGCUGAUCGCUUUGAGGCGCUCGCCAAGGCGUCCACUGAUUGUCGCACAAAGCUCUAUUGCGAAUGCCGCCUGCCUCUGCGCGAGAGUGAGAAGCCCGGGUGCGGAGGAAUCGAUUACGAUGUCUGUGAUAUGGCAUUGCACAAAUCCUUGGAGGAGCGCGUGAUUUUUCGCCCCGAGGCCACCGGCAAGACUGUGCGCCAAAGACUCAGCGCGUUCUUUCAAUCUUACAUUAAAACUGACCCCAAGAGUCUAGGUGAACUGCGGCACCUCUGGUCCGAGAUGAAAAGGGACUUAUUCUUUCGACACCAGCUCGCGCAGGAGUAUGUCAAACUCAAGGAGAAGGCCAAAGAGAAGGCGUCUAUCGGCUACCACUCCAAGAACUCCAGUGCCCGCCCUGGGCCGAUCAGGAGAACCACCACUGGCCUCAAAAACUAG